AUGAGAAAAGCAGCAACAACAACAUCAUACGUACCACCAACAACAUCUACUACAACAACAUCAGAACCGGUACCUCCUUCAUCAUCUUCUUUCAUUAAUAGUGUAACAAAUUUCAUUAGAAAUUUACAUAAAGCAAAAGGCUUGAGGGAGCCUCGUAAAUAUGAAGAUUAUAACAGAGAAGCAAAGGAUUUAUUUGUUACCGAUGCUGGAGAGGGCUUCACUGUCCAAUUAAACAAAAUAAUUGGACAAACAGCUCAACAUGAAUUUGGUUUGUCCCACUCAGUCUUUGUUGGUGGGAGCGGAAUGAGACCACCAGAUUAUACCACUACCGUAUCAUUUGCAAACAAGACAACUAAUCUUCUCUCUCAAAUCCAACUUCCACAUUAUAUUCACUUUUUCAUGUUGAAACGUAAAUUCUUGAAUGAAAAACUUACGACCGAAGUGAAUUAUGCAAAUGCAAAUAAUAACCUUAUCGCAAAAGCAGAUUAUUCAGAAAGGGAUUAUGUGAUUGAUGCUCAGUAUGAUCUUGAGAAGGGCAAAUUUCAAAUUUCCUAUAUGCAAAGCGUGUUGCCAUUCCUUCAACUCGGAUGUUCUGGCUUCUACAGAACCUCAGAUAGAGUGAGUGGUCUUUCUACAUGUGUGCGUUAUCAACCAACAAAGGAAGCUAUUGUUACUGGUGAAGCUAAGGUGUCUGGUCCACUCUCUCAAGCCAAUACCUAUAAUUUGAAGGCUUCCUAUUAUCAACAAGUAGGUGUUGAUACAUUUUUGUGCACGGAAGCAACCUAUGAUGUUUCUGAACGCACUCUCAAUUUCAUUUAUGGAUUCCAACAAUUGUUCCAACAAGCUAAAUUCCGUGUUACUGCAUCUCAAGACUUUAAUAUUAAGGCUAGUUUUGAUAUCAUGCCAACCAUGUCGACUAAUAUUAACACCUCAAUUGAUGCAAAUCCAGCCAAAUCAGAAUACAAGUUUGGUGUUUCCAUUCAAAUUAACUAA